AUGGAUAUUUCCACCAUCAUCGUGGCUUCAGUUCUUGGAACAAUGGCAGCGCUAGUGUCGAUGGGCUUAACUUUAUUUCUAUGCUACCUCUACUGGAAGAAACUCGGGCCCAAAAAGACAGCAAGAGACGAGUUAGAACCGCUGCAGUUUGGAAAAGUACAGCCGAUUGAGCAAAAUGACGAAGUAAAAGAACUUUCUCGACAUAAUGUUGAAGAUCGUGUUCAACAAGGACCACUGCGUUUAAUCUCACCGCUGGUGGGACCUGUGCAAACCCAGUUAGUGUCUAUUCAGUGUUUCGAGGAAGUUCUUCUGAUUGUUCCUAUACAGCAGCAGGAAGAGGCCGCCGACAUAGCUAGUGCUAUGACUGAGCCGGACGAACCAGCCGGAUACAUACAGUUUAGUUUGGAGUAUAACUUCCCUAAUUCCACGCUAAUACUGAAGAUUCUACAAGCCAGGCACUUACCAGCAAAGGAUAUUAUAGGGACAAGUGACCCGUAUGUGAAAGUAUUUUUACUCCCAGAUAAGAAACACAAGUUGGAGACAAAAGUCAAACAUAGAACUCUAAAUCCCCGGUGGAAUGAAACUUUUUACUUUGAAGGGUUUCCUCUUUACAAGCUCCAAAAGUCCAUUCUUUAUCUUCAUGUUUUCGACUAUGAUCGCUUUAGUCGGGACGAUCCUAUUGGUGAUGUGUAUGUUCCAUUAAGUCAAGUCGACCUUACUCAAAAGCCAUUAUUUUGGAAAUCCAUCAAACCAGCGGAAGAUUCGAAGUUAGGAGAAAUCCUAGUGACCCUGCUGUACGUCCCUAGAACUAGUGAGCUAACACUUACUCUUGUCAAGGCUAGGAACCUGAAGUCAAAAGAUAUUAACGGUUCGUCAGAUCCUUACGUCAAAGUGUGGUUGCAUCGUGGAGACAAACGAGUGGAGAAAAAGAAGACUCAAGUCCAUAGACGAACGUUGAACCCUGCGUUUAACAGCACUUUCCAGUUUAUCGUUCCCUGGGAACACAUCCGGGAAACUUAUCUUUCAGUAGCCGUUAUGGACUUCGAUACCGUUGGACGGAACGAACUCAUAGGAAAGGUAAUCCUGUCCUCCCGGAGUGGACCCACGGAGUCUAAGCAUUGGUGUGAUAUGCUGACCAAAGCCAGAACUGCUGUAUCUCAAUGGCAUAGGUUGAAGACAUUGUGAAGGUUAGCUGAGCUAACCUUAGAAAGCUGUUUAGAUAUUCCGUCUUCUCCAAUCCAGGGUUUCGACUCACCAUGGCAAAAAAAUAAAAACAGGACGCUAUACAUGGGCCUAUCUCUAGAUUUUGAUGUUCAUAUGGUAAAACAUAUGCUAGACGGAAAAUAUGUGUAAACAUGGAGAUGUUUCUGGACUCUGUUGUGAUGCUCAUAGUUCUAGAACGUAUGUCAGAAUUAUUCAUCCACAGAAUUCAGUGUUAUAACGUGGUAAAAAGCGGUACACAGUUAAACCACAUUAGCAUUUACAUGUUGGUAACGUUGUAUGUAAAUUUUGCGUUUAAUGUUCUGAAAGCUGAUUUUA